UGCCACGUCACCUUUACGAGACUCGUGUGUUUGUUUUGUUGUUGGAGCUACUUUAGCUGUCAUUUCUGAUGCGUAUUUGAAUUUGUGGUAUUGAUAAUUGGCAAAAAUGCUUACGACGGAGGACUAUACGCACUUUCCGGUCCAAAUGUGGGAGAGGGUUCUUUCGAAGGUAAAGAAAGCGGUUGUUUUUAUGGAUGACAAGUGUGCAGAGGCUCUCCACUGGUGCGGAGGUGCUGCCGUCUUACUAGAGGCUGGAGCCAGAAAUCUAAAGCAGUUUUCAAGCUUCGAAGCCUGCGCAGUGAACGAACCGAAAGCUGUGUUUGUAGUGAGCACUCUGUUAAAGGGAACUACGGUGGAGAUCAUUAAAGACAUCAUCUCCCUCAGUCACUUCCAGUACUGUGUUGUCAUCACCACCGUUGCUCACUCCGUGCACCUGCUCGCCAACAAUGUCACCACAGAAAUGGAAGGGAGCCCUGUGUUUGAGCAGUUUGAAGAAAAGCUGUGCGAGUGGAUGGGCAACAUGAAUUACACGGCAGAAGUCAUGCAUGUCCCUGUAGUGUUUGCCCCGGUGUCCCAGCAGCUACUCCUCACACCCAUGUUUGCACACUUGUUUCCCCUGCUCCCUCCUGAUCUGGAGGCAAUAAAUGCAAAGCGUCCAGAGAAGAAGAGAUUUGGAAGCUUGGUCGACGUGGACAUGAACUCUCUUCCUGUUGAACUGCAGUUUGAAAUCAAAUCCCUGGCUUCGGUAUUAAAUUCAGUGUUUGAAGCUACAGGCACCAGGGAAGAGAGCUUUGCUGUGGGUCCUAUGAGCCGCAUCAUAGCAGGGGAACUCGCCAAUCACCCUCAAGCAAAAAACCGGAGGAAGGUGGCCCCUAAUAAAGCCUCCAUCAUUUUUGUGGACAGAACAAUGGACAUAACAGGAGCUGUUGGUCACCAUGGCGACAACCUGGUCGAGAAGAUUCUAAGUGUGCUUAAACCUUUACCUGGUCAUGUGACAGACGUACAGGUGGACAUGCUGGAGCUCACAAGUCUGCAGCGAACCCCUCUAUCUCAGACCACCCUGGCCCCCGGCUGUCUUGCACAGACCCAGUCACCAGCAGUGCAGACUCUAUGGGAGGCCAUGCUGACCAAUAAACAUAAAGAGGGGGUGAUGGAGGUCCGUCGGCAACUAGUGGAAACAGCCAGCAAAGAGAAGCUGCCCAUCAAGAUGAGCAUGGGCCGUGUGACCCCCGAGCAGCUGUGCUCCUACAUGCAGCUGUUCAAGAGUAGUUGGGGGGCGCUAGAGAGUCACUGCGGGGUGCUCCAGCUGGGCCUGGCCACGGCCCAGACACUCCGCCACCCCAGCCUGCCCCGCUGGGAUGCCUGCCUGGCCUUUGAGAGGCUGCUGCUGCAGGCUCUUGGAGACUCUAACUUCCCCGCUGUGCUGAGGCAGCUGCUGCCCUUGAUGAAACCCCGUGGAAGCGAGGACAGCACGACCUCCGGUUCGAGGUCCAGGGAGGAUGAGAAUGGGCCUGAUGAGAUGAUCCUGCUGCUGGUCUACCUGUACUCCCUGGCCGACGAGGCGCAGCUGGCAGACCAGGACACAGAGGAGGAAGAGGAGGAAGUGGAGAAGCUGGAGAGGGAGCUGAUAGGAGCGCUCACCCUGGUCCUCACCCGAGAGAACGAACUCAGCCCCUUGAUCCAGAAACUCACCGGUUGUGCAAAACCAGAGGAGCUGACCACAGAUCGAGCCCAUUCUGCGGUGGAGAAGAUGUUCGACACACUCCGAGGUUUGAGUCACACCAGAGAUCACCUGAAACAACUGCGCUCCGUCUACACCGCCAGCGACGGAGUUCACCAGGCGACCUAUCGUCCUUUCCUGCGGCAGAUCCUGGAGGAAGUCUUCCACCCUGACAGACCUGAAUGUCCCGACAUCGAGUACAUGUCUGGUGGCCUCACGGACCUGCUCAAGACCGGCUUCAGCAUGUUCAUGAAGGUGAGUCGCCCACAUCCUAGCGACAACACUCUGCUAUUCCUCUUCCUUGUUGGUGGCAUCACGCCGUCAGAGCUUCGCCUCAUCAAAGAGAUCAUUACCACACACAAACCAGGGACCCAGGUGCUGGUUUUGUCUACCAGAUUGCUGAGGCCGACGGAUAUCCCCGAGCUGCUCUUCACCACCCAAAGACUCUUGCCUUACAUGAGUGUUUAAGGAGCCGUCACGUGGAAACACCCCCAUGCACACACACGUGGAAGAUCACAUGAACACACGCAGACAUCUUGACACCUCCUCAGGUGUGAUUUGAGUGUCAGUAAAUGAGAAUCACUGUAAAAGCUGAAGAGAAAAUCAAGGAAGCGAUUCAGCUAGAUGUAACAUUCCUCUCCUGUUCAUGUCUGUGGGAUUUAUUCUAAAGUAAAAUCUAAAGCUAUUAUAUUCAAGUAUCUAUUGGGUUUGUUUUUCUUGCAGACAGAAUUAAACAUGUAAAUAUCCAUGUGUGUAUUCCUCUCCUGCUUCCAAACAAAAACUCUCCAUCCAAAGCCACUUUGUGGUCUUUUUCAGCAAGAGGUGUGAAAUGACAUCAAAUGUUAAUAUGAAACAAUAAAACCAGUGACUUUUCAAACACGGUUGUGUGAUGAUGCCUUUCAUUUGCAUACAUCAGGAUCAGUUGUUAGCCAUUUUGACCAGGCUGUGUUAGAAGUAGGCUGUAUGUGUAAACUCAAACUGUUGUGGUGGAGAAUACACACACUCUGUUAGCGUCCAUUCACACCUCCCCACAGCAUACAGGGACGAGUAAGAGCAGAAUAAUUAACAACAUGUUUCACAGCGUCUGCUUAGGCCGAUCAUUUCUCACACUAAGAGCUCGCCUACACCCUCCUGCAUCCCCCUCCUCCCUUUCCAUUCUCCCUUUAUUCUCUUACGCAUGAAUCACCUCAUCUAUAGCUUUGUCAUUUUACCCACCUAGACACCUGAAUUGACAACCAAUUGUUUUUUUAGGCUUUUAUGACGGAUUGAACUGGGAUAUUCAUUAGUGACUAAUUAGAUUCUGGAUUGCUUUCCUUUGGGAGAUUUGUUCUCAGUAGAGCCUGAACAUGAACUCUUCUACUGCUGUUGGUUCAGGCUUUUCUUUAGCUUUCUUGUCAUAUUGAUUUUCUAGAGCCAUGCGCAGCACCGAGGUUUCCGCUGUAGACAGAUCCAAGGGCAGGAGAAGCGGCUGUACAGUCAUGCUCGUCUUACACAAUGCUAUUCAUUCAUGCUGUUAUCUAAGCAUUUUAUAAGAAUGGGGUUCUCCAUUGGUCAGAUACCCUCAUGUGUGUUAGUCAGAAUCAGAAUACCUUUAUUUGUCCCACAGAGUCAUCCCCCUUCACAGCAGCAGUGACGUUCCUCAUUGUGUCUAAAAGCCAAGGACUUCCUAUUGUUCGAUUGUUAGGUUUUAUUUGAUGAUUCAAAAUACAUACCAUUGCCAACAACCAUUGCAUGUGUUAAAGAUCAGAUGAUGAAACCACUAUAAAGCCUGAAGGAUUUUUUUCCAUUGUGGUCCCCUAGUGUAGCACUUAACACCACACACAUGGUAACCAACGCACGCUCUCUGCAAGUGCAGACGAUACAAUCAACAUAUUCAUAGGAGGCGGCAUUGUAGCCAUGUCCACAUGCUCUUAUUAUCUUGGUUAUAAAGACUUAAAUUGAAAAUGCUACAUGGUGCUUUAAGACCAUUUCUUUAAGGUCAGUUUAAAAUGUUCUGUGAAAUACAUAGUUCAGAUUUUUGGGCAGAAUAUUACUGCUUUACACCAUAGAGAGAAGUGUGAUUUCUCAUUGGACGAAUGAGUCGGCAAGGACAUCUUUAAACCUUCUCUUGUAAAACAGCUAUGAUAUUUUAAGUACUGAAAAAUAAUUGAUUAAGACCUUUGAUACCAUAUUGUUAAACCAUCUUAAGUUUCAUGAUUUGAAAUGUAUUGUCUGCUUAAGUCCUUGUUUCGGUUGUCAUAUACACAGUUCAAAACUGAUAAAUGAAAGCCCAGACACACAGAAUUCAAUUUCAUCCUUUUAUUGUGAACAAAAAGUCAUGUUUGUAACAAAUAAAUAAAUAACAAUAA